ACUCACUACUCACUUCAACAAACCUCUCUCUCUCUCUCUCUCUCUCUCCAAAGUUCCAAACGCUGCUCUUCUUCUUGUGCUUCUCCUUCCCUGCCAAGAGCUCUCGCCGAAGGAGGAGCAAGGGUUUGCGGGAAUGGGAGGGGUGACGUCUUCGGUGGCAGCACGGCUUGCAUUCUUCCCUCCGUCGCCGCCAUCGUACGAGCUUGUCCGGGAUGCGGCGACGGGGCUGACCAUGCUCAACCGUUUCCCUCACCGCGAGAACGUUGAGGUUAUGACGCUGCAAACGCGCCGUGGGAAUGAGAUCGUCGCUGUCUAUGUGCGCAAUCCUAUGGCGUCGUCCACUCUUCUUUACUCCCAUGGCAACGCCGCUGAUCUGGGCCAGAUGUAUGAGCUCUUUGUUGAGCUUGCCAUUCAUCUUCGUGUCAAUCUUAUGGGGUAUGAUUAUUCUGGAUACGGUCAAUCAUCUGGAAAGCCCAGUGAACAAAAUACUUAUGCUGAUAUUGAGGCUGCUUAUAAAUGCCUUGAAGAGAACUAUGGUGCAAAGGAAGAAGAUAUUAUUCUUUAUGGCCAAUCUGUUGGAAGUGGACCAACUUUGGAACUGGCGGCACGCCUACCACGGUUAAGAGCUGUCGUCUUGCAUAGCCCAAUACUUUCAGGCGUUAGGGUUAUGUAUCCUGUGAAGCGUACAUACUGGUUUGAUAUCUACAAGAAUAUUGACAAGAUCCCAUUUGUCAAUUGCCCUGUUUUGGUAAUUCAUGGAACAGCAGAUGAGGUUGUAGACUGCUCCCAUGGAAAGCAACUUUGGGAACUCUGCAAGGAAAAAUACGAACCACUAUGGCUCAAAGGAGGAAAUCAUUGUAACUUGGAGCUCUUUCCUGAGUACAUUCGACACCUCAAAAAAUUCAUCAAUACAGUAGAGAAAUCAUCUUCACAACGGAACAUUUGGAGGAAGAGCAUGGAUCAGUUUGAACCUUCCAGAAGGAGCACCGACUGUUUUGAACCAUCCCGAAGGAGCUUUGAUUACAGAGAAAAACCAAGGUAUAUUACAGAGAAGGGGAAAAACAACGACUAUAGAUCUGGCAAUUUGGAGAAGGUGGAAAAGCUAAGGAUCUCUUUUGACCGCUUGGAUAAGUCAAGGAGAAGUGUAGAUUGCCUUGAGAAGUCGAGGAAGAACACUGAUACAAUGGAGAGAGCCAGGAAGAGUGUUGACAGGUUGGAUAGAAUAUGGGCCGGAAGAAAGCCAAGUCACUGACACAUUGUAUGUUCUCAAGAGAAUCUUCCUUCAUCUUGUUCAGUUUGAUGCUUUCUCUUGAAUGUAAAUUGAAAUGUGAGGAUCGUUUUGGGUUCAGAAUAUGCACUGCCUGCCUCCAUCAUUGAAGUGAGUGGAAAUCAAACAUAACAUAAUGCAAACUUAGCCUAGUGUUUCAUGGAGGGGAGGGUAUUCCUCGUCCCCUGCACUGACAAGGAAUGAAGCCCGUGCUCUAGCCCCCACCCAUGAAAACUGUUUUUGUCAUCUGCCCUCGUCGGUGUCAAAAAUUGGGCACAUCAAACUCUGAAAAUUAUCUUUGUCAUUGACUCCGUCUGGGGAGAGAAUUGGGUUUCUCGUUGGGACUGGGGCUAAUUGACAAGCCUAUUCAUUACAUGUAGUAGCUCAUCAUAGGACAAGAAGCAAAGGCCAUGAGAAGU